CUGCUAGCAAUAGACGCUAACACAUUUAAUAUCGUUUUUUUAAUAAACUAAAUUGGCGUCUAAUAAUGUCACUGCGAUUUUCAAAUUUCCUGUCAAUUUUGUAGUGCGUAAUAAUAUGUUAUAGUUUUUAAUUCUGGAUAAUUCUGGUCUUCUUGGUGUGAUUUUGUACUGUGAAAUGGACGACUUGGUUGGUGCUUUGGAUUCAACGUACUCAGCUGCAAGAAACGCUUUGGUUCGAUCUUGGGAUAUACCAGGCGGUUGGCUGUAUAGCGUCCGAAGAUCCAUAUUUUACGAGGGCGAGUCGACAGAUGGCUCGAAGGUCGAGUACAAUCCUUGGCCGUCAUACAAUUUCUCUGGGAAGUUGAGGCCGUACCCUCCGGGGGCCAAGCGGACGGUGCCACCGCAUAUAGGUCGCCCGGACUACGCUGACCACCCGACCGGUUUCCCCGCGUCUGAGAACGCCGCGAAGGGCUCCGGACAGAUAAAAGUGCUGGACGAUGAGGAGAUCGAGGGUAUGCGCGUCGCCUGCCGCUUGGGAAGAGAAGUGUUGGAUGAAGCUGCAAAAGCUUGUGCAGUUGGUGUGACAACCGAUGAGAUUGACCGUGUGGUCCAUGAGGCCUGUAUCGAAAGAGAAUGCUAUCCCAGCCCGCUCAACUACCACAACUUCCCAAACAGCUGUUGCACUUCUGUUAAUGAAGUUAUCUGCCAUGGGAUACCAGAUACCCGUCCGUUGGAGGAUGGUGAUGUCUGCAAUGUUGAUGUAACAGUUUACCACCGAGGCUUCCAUGGAGAUCUCAACGAAUCUUUCUUCGUAGGCAACGUCCCUGAAUCAACUCGUAAACUGGUUCAAGUGACCUAUGAGUGCCUCAUGAAGGCGAUAGACAUUGUGAAGCCCGGCGAGAAGUACCGGGAGAUCGGGAAUGUUAUACAGAAGCAUGCGCAGGCCAACGGGUUCAGCGUGGUUAGGAGUUAUUGUGGACAUGGGAUACAUAGGCUGUUCCAUACUGCUCCUAAUGUUCCACAUUAUGCCAAAAAUAAAGCAGUAGGUGUAAUGAAGCCGGGGCACUGCUUCACAAUCGAGCCCAUGAUCAAUGAGGGCAGCUGGCGCGACGAACAGUGGCCGGACCAUUGGACCGCCGUCACCGCUGACGGCUCGCGCUCCGCUCAGUUUGAACAAACGCUCCUAGUAACAGAGACGGGCUGCGACAUCCUCACCGCCCGCGGCGCGGGCCGGCCCUGGUUCCUGGACCAGCUACAGAAACUCAACGCCAACUCUUAGUCUAUACACGCCAGUUCUGAAACUCAGUACGUCUACUGUCGAUUUUGAUUAAUUAAACCUGAAACCCAUCGUACAGUAAACGGUCAUAACGUAUCCCCAUCAGUUUUUCCUCUUCGUAGAGCGUUGUCUCUUUCUUGUUUAUGUGACGUUAAUUGUCUCUUUCCAAAGACCGAGGUGCAUUCUUUAUGGCCGUUUACUGUAAGGUGUAGAGGGGCCAUUUUUUCA